UCCCCGCCCCCGCGUCCCCGCUCUGCGGCGCGGGGCCCCGCCCCUUCUGUGGCGUCACAGCGGCGGCCCCGCCCCGCGCGGUGCCCGGAUGAGGCAGGUUCGGGAGCCGGCGGGGAUGCUGCGGCUGUGACAGGGGAUGCGCUCGGGUUGCACUGAUCAUGGACAGUGAAGAAAUUCCAACUUUUUCAAGUCCAAAGGAGGAAACUGCUUAUUGGAAAGAGCUUUCCUUGAAGUACAAACAAAGUUUCCAGGAAGCUCGGGAAGAGCUGGCCGAAUUUCAGGAGGGAAGCAGAGAAUUAGAAGCUGAGUUGGAGGCACAGCUAGUGCAAGCUGAACAAAGGAAUAGAGAUUUGCAAGCAGAUAACCAAAGAUUGAAAUAUGAAGUGGAAACAUUAAAGGAGAAACUGGAGCACCAGUAUGCACAGAGUUACAAGCAAGUGUCAUUGUUAGAGGAUGACCUGAGCCAGACGCGGGCCAUUAAAGAUCAGCUGCAUAAGUAUGUGAGGGAGUUGGAACAGGCCAACGAUGACUUGGAACGUGCAAAGAGGGCAACAAUAGUUUCAUUGGAAGACUUUGAACAAAGGCUAAACCAGGCUAUUGAGAGAAAUGCGUUUUUAGAAAGUGAACUGGAUGACAAGGAGUCGUUACUAGUUUCUGUACAGAGAUUAAAGGAUGAAGCGAGAGACUUACGGCAAGAGCUAGCAGUACGGGAAAGGCAACAGGAAGUCACUCGAAAGUCAGCGCCUAGCUCUCCAACUCUAGACUGUGAAAAGAUGGAUUCGGCUGUCCAGGCGUCUCUCUCCUUGCCAGCUACACCCGUUGGAAAAGGAUCAGAAAAUAGUUUUCCUUCCCCAAAAGCUAUACCAAAUGGGUUUGGUACCAGCCCUCUUACUCCUUCAGCUAGAAUAUCUGCACUCAACAUUGUGGGAGAUCUCUUACGGAAAGUAGGGGCCUUAGAAUCCAAAUUAGCUGCUUGCAGAAAUUUUGCAAAGGACCAGGCAUCACGGAAAUCCUACAUUUCAGGGAAUGUUAACAGCAGCAUGAUGAACAGCAAUGGCACAAAGUACCCUCAUUCAGGGCAUACAUCUUUCUUUGACAAAGGCCCCUGUACUCUUCUCCCUGCCCCCAAUUGUCGCUGGAGCCUGAAUCAGCCACGUGUGCUCGUAGACCCGAUCCAAUCUGCAGCUGCUGCCUUAUGAACAGCCAGUUGUUGGGUGGUGGGAUUGUGACAGAGGGCAGUAAACGGCUUUGAUCAAGGUCCCCCCGGCCUGGGAUCCUCCAGACCAUCGUCAGCACCUGGCAUGCUCCCCCUGAGCGUAUGAGCCACCACGAGGUUGUGUUUGGACUUGCAAAUGCUUUUCUCAAACCACCAAGAGAAGAAGUGCUUCUGAUUCCUCCCCAUUCCUGCCCCAGCCGGAACACAGCCCGCGCUGUGGCACACAGCAGUCCCCUGGCCGGCCGCUGCUGGAGGAGGCCCUGCGCCCACAGCCCUUCAUGCCAUGUUAAUACAACUUAUUUUCUCCUAUUGCCGUAGCAGAUGUUCUCUGCCUUGGCCACACGCUGUGUGUUGCACAAGCUGAGACUUGUAGUGCUCUGUUCCACAGGAUGCAGGAGUCUUGCUAGCCAACGCCUCGACCCAUCACAUCUCCUCUAAUGUAGGUUUAGCAUGAUACAAAUAUUGGCUGGGUCCUCUAAAAUGAGGCCUCCCCCCCACUCUCCCUGCCUACCUGCUCCAGCAUCCUGGCCCUUAAGAUGUGCAGCUGCUGCCUGCACAGUAAAGCUCAAACUUCUUGAAAUUGAUGCUCGGUAAGGCUCUGAGAUGAGUUUGUUCAGACAUUUGCGCCUGGGAAUUAGGUCCAGGUACAUGACUGAGUUACUGCAGCUUAAUAACUUACUGCCUGGCAGGUGAGCGGCUGUAGCUGAGGGCACGUGUGCCCCAGGGACUGUGGCUGAGUGCAGCGGGCUGAUCUGCCUCUCGCCUUGGCCAGUGUGUCAGACCUGCUCCUGCAGCCCCAUCGCAGCUGGCAGAGGGGGAACGUGCACAUCAGUGCUGGGCUCUUCUGGGGCUGGUGAAAAGCAGGGGCUCAGUGGUUACUGCCAGCACAGCCAGGGGAGUGGAAAGAGCCAGAUGCUGGGUGGCAGCACAGCACAGUCGAUGAUCAUGUGCUCAGCAGAUGCAAGUUGCAACAUAAAAUGCCUUAGCUCAAACUAACAGCAGUGAGAUUUGCUAAAGCAUUUUCCCUGUGGCUGGGGAGGCCUGGCUGUGCAUGCUAAGCCAGAGCAGCUGUUGGGCAGUAAUGUAUUUAGUGGCUGUAGCAAGCUCCUCUUUCCCAUGUGUCUGUACCACACCUUUCCGGGGCCCAAAUUUAACCUGCCUUUAUCAGUAAAACUUUCAUACAUCUCCAAAGUAGAGACUCCUGGAGAGCUUUAGAAAGCUGCAAAUCCAAGUGGCUACACUGCCAAUAAAAUAUCCCCCCUCCCCCCCAAAAACUGUUUAGGCAUCCAAACCAUGUUCAGAUCUAUGUAAUAUAUGACUGGAUUUUACAGUGUCACCUAUGGGCUUCUGUGACAGUUUUGGGCGACUGUGUACCUUGUGGGUCUUUCAAGCAAUGUAUUUGUGCGAUUUCGCUGUCUUUAUGUGCCUCAAAGUUGGUGGAUUUUAAAAUGAACCAGCAAACCCAGCUGUGGUUUGGUCUGUGGGUUUAAAAAUCUUCCUUCCCAAUCUAUUCCAUCAGUCCCAUUCAUUUGGCUCUGCAGCUCUAAGUUGGUUUAUUUACAACUGGUGAGGAAAAAAACAACAAAAACACAUCUGCCCCAGCAGAAGGGAGGUGGGGAGAGUCACCACUUACCAUUAGGGUUUUGUAUGUUCCUCUUUUCCUGUGCAUCCUUUGCUGCAUUUGACUGUUUACAUUUGUUUUAUUGUACAUAGGUUUGUAAACAUAAUAUCUUUGCCUAAGAUCUUUGUACAUAACUUGGGCUUUGUAGUUUAUUUAUUCAAAAUCUAUAUGGCAUGUUUCAAUAGGACAGUGUACCAUACCACAGUGGUGACACAGAUCAUGUGGUUUAAAAACCCAAGAGAGUAAUCUUCCAAAAAUAAAGUUCUUUUAAUGUGGAA